AGUGAAAGAGGUGCAGAGGGAGAAAGGGAAGGACGACAGAGCGCACGAGAGAGCUUCUAUUUCCUAUUGAUAAUCAGCUGUAUGUAUUUAAGGGUUUGACGAAGAACCGCUUAUUUUUCCUCAUUUUAAAGUUCUUUGUGAGCGACUGAAGACGAGAGGGGGCAACUUGUCUUGAAAUUAUGCAAAGUUUUCUCGGAGUCUCGCACCUUUUAUCGGUUAUUUUGCUCCAACUGGCACGUGCGCAGAUUUCCCACCCUCCAGAAGGGGGUCACAGAGUGAUGGGGUUCCAGGAGGUGUGGGUGAGGAGCAUGUGUCGGCCUAUGGAGCAGUUGGUGGACGUGGAGCAGGAGUACCCUGGAGAGGUGGAGUACAUCUACAUGCCGGCCUGUGUCCCACUUUGGCGCUGCUCUGGUUGCUGUGGGGACGAGAACAUGGAGUGCCAGGUUACACUUGAAAGCAACAUCACACUGCAGGUGAUGAGGAUUCAUCCCAUGAUAUCUAUGCACCAUGUGGAACUCACCUUUGUGGAGCAUCAGAGAUGUGAAUGCAGAGCCCGUCAGAAGCUUCUGAAUAAUAAAAGCAGUGAGUCUAUCAAGAACAGACCCCGCAGGAGGAAACACAAGAAGACAGCAAACGGCUGUGGCAAGUGCGAGUUCCCUCAAAACAAGAUAAAUCUUCACUGAACCAAAUGCCUGUGCAUCGUUUUUGGAGGAGUUUCAAACAGCAGAUCAUCAAUGAAUGAGUCAUCUCUGACUAUUCACCUUCUGUCUAGAAAUGUUUCCUGUUAUGGUCCAUUCAUCAAGACUCUGCAUCCUUUCCAUUACAUUUUUUUCUUUUUUGAUUAAUAAUCAAAGCAAACGACCAUAUCUGCAAAACUCAUUUCGCUCUUACUGCUGUUUUUAACAGAUCAAAAUCAAUAUUUUAAUCGAGUUGCUUUGAGGGAGGUUUUAAAAAAUAGACAUAAGAUACAACAGAUGUAGAACAGAGAUAAUGUGUGUAAUGGUGUACGCUUAUCAGGGAAAAGAUGUAAGCCUCCAUCCAUACUUACUGAUUAACACUUAGAUCAAUAGCAACAUUCACAGAAAGAGAAAAUCUUCUUUCAUUACUUAUUUUGUGCCUUUUUGAAGAGUGACUCCUGCUUUAAUAGUUAUAACUGAAUACAAAUACAUUGUGUAUGUGACUUUCUGUAAAGUGUUGUGGGACAUAUUGUGAAUAAAAUACACUCAAAAUACAA